AUGUCCAAGUUUUACGAGUUCAAACAGCAGGCAGAGAGUGCAAUAAGCGAAUGCGUUCGAUCGAUCGACGAGAUACGACAAAGCAACGGCGGCAGCGAGAUCCCUACCAGCACCUUUGUUGACUUGGCUAAACGACACAUUGGCCCCAUCAGCGGUUCCGAUAAUAUGCUUGAUAUCACGAUACCAGAAGGAAAAGCAGAUUGGCGAAAGAGUGCUAUUGAACUUGUGCUUCGACGCAUGGUGCUUUCAGUGGUGGAAACUAUCCCCGAAUCAGCUCCCGAUCGAUUCCCAAAGUUGUUCAGCACGCUUGAUCUUGUUCUUGCAGCAACCGAAGCAGAUUACCUUGAAGCUGUGGUUCCCUUAACUAUGGUGGAAGAGCUAUUGGACAUUCAUACAAUCUCUGGAUGUGAGAAGCUUUUUGAUUAUAUCGAACGACGAAAACCAAGAUUGAUUGUGAAUAUGGUGCCUGGUCGUGGUAAAGGUCUUGUCAUGCUGCGCAUGUGCAAUGAAAUGCUUCGACGACUCUCCAAGGAGAAAGAUACAGUCUUUUGUGGACGCAUCCUUAUGUUCCUCGCCAAUUCAUUUCCUCUGCAUGAACGUUCCGGUGUCAAUCUUCGUGGUGAUUUCAACACUGAACCAGUCCUUUACGACAAAGAUGAGGAUGUUGAUGCUGACAGCACAUUGACCGAUGAUCAAAAGACAUUUUACAAACUAUUCUGGUCCACACGCAAAUACUUUUCGAACCCGCCUACUAUAUUCCAUGACAAUAAUUUUGAGGAAUUACAAAAGGGAGCAAAUGCGAUCCUUGACAAGUUCAAGCAAAUCUCCAAUUCAGAGCAGGCCGUGUCAGGCGAAGGAAAUGCAACAGAGUCGAACAAGAGGAGGAGGAGUGAGGACGUCAACAUGGUCGACAGGGAUCAAGCUGAAGAGAUGCUGAAGGAGAUCAACCAACAAUUUCAAUUUCCACGAUUACUUAGUAGCCGCAAAUUGCUAGAGCUUGAAAUAGAAGAUACACGAUUCCGGCGCAAUGUCAUUGUUCAAUUCUUGAUUCUAUUCCAAUACCUGACGGGGUUCAAGUCAUCAGAAAAGGAGCGAACACAAAAGCUACUCUCUGCCCGAGGUGCCACAAAGCAAUCUCUUGUUCAGCCUGUAUUUACUCUCGAAGGUGAUCAAUUGCAAUGGGUCAAGGAUACCAAGCACGCCAUGUUGGAGCUACUAGAGAUGACAAAACCUCAUGGUCAAUUGUACACAGACAUCGUAUUAACGCUAUUGCGACAUGAACGCAACUGGAUCAUAUGGAAAGCCUCUGGAUGUCCCGAUUUUGAAAAGCCUCCGGUCGAUACAAAGGUGUUGCAGGAUAUGUGGCAAAGGAAACGACCCCAAACCAAGAUGGCAUUGGCUGCAUAUCGUUAUCCCUAUGGCAACUCCGAAUUGACAAGCAUGUUCAAUACAUCAAGAGAGAAAUUAAGUGAUCUGAUGCAAUCACGUCCCGCACCACCUAAACCUGUGGAAAUCAUCGACAGCACACUCGCGCGUUUGGAGAAGGAGACCAAUUUAUCAGACAAUGAACGCUUCAGCAUUGCCAAUGGAGCACUCUUUCAGGCAACCCGUUUCAUGCUCAAAGACAAAGCGCAUUUGGUGACCAAGGUUUACACAGUCAAGAAGGAUGUAUAUAAGGCGCUUAAGGAGGCAACCAACAAGGAAGGAAAGGUGGAUGAUGAAGCAACGAAAAAGACGCUGGACGUAGAUGAAAAGACUGGAAAGCACGUUGAUGCAGAAAUCAAGGUUCUCAAGUUGACGCGGGAUCUGCUGACUGGUACCGCCGCCAAUAAAAGUGGUCAAUAG